CUCCUCCUCCCCCCCUUUCCGGACGGUACCAAGCCCCGGAGAGAAGGGCAAAAUGGGACCCAGUUACCUGCAAAUCUGAGCCGAGAGAAAAUUUCUCUGCAAAUAUAGAGAUCAUUUUGACUCUGGAGCCAGUGAGGGAAUCGUACCAGCCAAAUGUUAAGAGAGAGAAAUCAGUGAAGCUGUCAGCGAUUCAGCCUCCUGCCGGCGCAGGAGCAGCCUGUGCCUGCGCCUGCAUCCUUGCGAUGCUCGCUGGAGGAGAAUGAUCUUCCCAAGAGCGCCGGGGAAGGAGCGUAGGCGGCUGAUGUUUCUUUUCACUCGUCGGAACGAAAUGGCUGGGUGUCGCUAAAACCAAGGGACUCUGCCUGGAUAUGAGGUACUGAACGGAAAAAGAGCAUAACGGUUGGCCGCCCACCUUGCCCAUUAAACUGUACAUAAUGGAGACCAAAGAAGAGAAGAAGGAACGAAGACAGGGCUAUUUUGCUCGUUUGAAAAAGAAAAGGCAAGCCAAACAAAACACUGAGACCCCUGGAUCUCCCAUUUCCAAAACUGCUUCUGAGAAAGAUGAUGAAAGUAAAGCCAUUUUGGAGCAAAUCAGUUCUUCUGAAGAUAACUGUAGAUUUGCUGGGGAAAAGGAAACUGCUCCAGACAAAGAAAAGAAAAAGAAAAAAUACAAUCAACUGAAAGACAUCAGGCGCACAGAACUUAAAAGAUACUAUAGUACUGAUGACAAUCAAAACAAAACCAAUGAAAAGAAGGAGAAAAAAAUGGUUUCUCAGAAACCUCACGGCACCAUAGAAUAUACUGCUGGAAAUCAAGACACCAUAAACAGCAUAGCAUUGAAGUUUAACAUCACCCCAAACAAGCUUGUGGAACUCAAUAAACUUUUUACGCACACAAUUGUUCCAGGACAGAUUCUCUUUGUGCCAGAAACAAGUGCUGGAAGGUUGUCUUCUUUCAGCCCUGGUGCGCCCAUUUCUCCUUCAUCAUCAGAUGCCGAAUAUGAUAAACUCCCUGAUGCUGAUUUGGCAAGAAAGGCCUUCAAACCAGUUGAGAGAGUCCUGUCCUCUACUUCAGAAGAGGACGAGCCUGUUGUUGUCAAGUUUUUAAAAAUGAAUUGUCGUUAUUUCACAGAUGGCAAGGGUGUAGUUGGAGGAGUCAUGAUAGUAACUCCAAACAACAUAAUGUUUGACCCACAUAAGUCUGAUCCUCUGGUAAUUGAGAAUGGCUGUGAAGAAUAUGGGCUCAUCUGCCCCAUGGAGGAGGUUGUCUCUAUAGCUCUCUACAAUGACAUUUCUCACAUGAAGAUUAAAGAUGCAUUGCCAUCUGACAUACCAAAGGAUCUUUGUCCUCUGUACAGGCCAGGAGAGUGGGAAGACCUUUCCUCUGAGAAAGACAUCAAUCCUUUCAGCAAAUUCAAAUCCCUUAGCAAGGAAAAGAGGCAGCAGAAUGGGGAUUCAUCUACUGCUCUGGGUGCCAAACAAGUAAAGCCUUCAGAUACAGAAAAGUUUGCUGAUUUUGAAGUUCUUCAGUCUUCUGAUAGUACGGGCUCAAUCAAAUCAAAGUCACUGGAGUUUCCUAACAACAUCACUGCCACUGAGCAGUUGGAAAAGUCUACUGGAGAGCUAUGUGCCAAGGAGCUUUCUGGGGAAAAAAGUGUUUCAGACAUCAAAACCAAAGAAAACUCCCUUAUGGGAGGAGAGGAUGAUUUCAUUGAACUGGAGGAGACUUCAUCUUGUAUGGACAGAGGGUUGGACAGAAAAGGCUCAGUAAUGGAAGGCUUUCUGGCUGACCCCAGGGAGUUGGGGAGAACUAAGCAGCAGGUAACCAAAUCCACUACGGAAGUCCAGGAGCACUUGACAGUUGAUUCCUUGGAAAAAAAGGACGGUAUUGAACCUAAAGCUGACUUAGACUUAGAGCUGUGUGAAAAGCAAGAUGUUAUUCCAGAAGUAAACAAAUGUGUCAGUUCCCCAACAGGUAAGGUGGAGACUGCACUGGACACUAAGAGCGAGCUAGAGAAAGAUAAACUUAUUGAAUUUUACCUCAAUAAAGAUGGGAAUGGGUCUCAGUCAUCUGAAGACUUGCACAAGGCUGAAAUCCAGAAAGGUGAAAACAAUAAAGCAAUUGGCAUAGACCUUACACUUAGCAGUUCAAAGUCCCAAGCUAAUGAAGUCCAUACAGUUAAAAGUAUGGAGCUUGAAUCCUGCUGUAUUGAAAGGAAAGCAACUUCAUUAGAAAUCAGCUCAGCAGCAGCAGAGGAAAAGGAUCUGAAAGAGUCUGUGGACUCUUCAUUAGUACCAGCUGUAGACAAGACUUGUCAAGAAACACAGUUAGACAAUCAAUCAGAAAUCAGACUGUGGCUGCUGCAGAAAAUUCAAGUGCCAAUUGAAGAUAUGCUUCCUUCAAAAGAGGAGAAGAGUAAGACUCCUCCAAUGUUUCUGUGCAUUAAAGUGGGCAAGCCCAUGAGAAAGUCCUUUGCAUCUCAGAGCACCACCAUGUCUCAGCAGUACAGUAAAAAGAUAAAGCAACCAGAGUACUGGUUUGCUGUUCCUCGGGAAAGGGUGGAUCACUUAUACACAUUUUUUGUUCAGUGGUCACCAGAAAUAUAUGGGAAAGAUGCCAAAGAGCAAGGUUUUGUUGUAGUAGAAAAGGAAGAGCUUGAUAUGAUAGACAACUUCUUCAGUGAGCCAACUACUAAAAGCUGGGAGAUUAUUACUGUCGAAGAAGCAAAAAGACGAAAGAGUGUGUGCAGUUAUUAUGAAGAUGAUGAUGAUGACACUUUACCUGUCCUAAAGCACCACAGUGCUCUCCUGGAGAAUAUGCACAUAGAGCAGCUUGCCCGGCGCUUGCCGGCAAGAGUGCAGGGAUAUCCAUGGCGACUUGCAUACAGCACACUAGAGCACGGAACUAGCCUGAAGACUCUGUACCGUAAAUCAGCAUCUCUUGACAGUCCAGUUCUCCUUGUCAUCAAGGAUAUGGACAACCAGAUAUUUGGAGCAUAUGCUACACAUCCAUUCAGAUUUAGUGACCAUUACUAUGGCACAGGUGAAACAUUCCUCUACACAUUCAGUCCAAAUUUCAAGGUAUUUAAAUGGAGCGGCGAGAACACCUACUUCAUCAAUGGAGACAUGAGCUCUCUGGAACUUGGAGGUGGAGGUGGCCGGUUUGGCUUAUGGUUAGAUGCAGACUUGUAUCAUGGGCGAAGCAAUUCCUGCAGUACCUUCAACAAUGACAUCUUAUCUAAGAAAGAAGAUUUCAUAAUACAAGAUGUAGAAGUAUGGACAUUUGAAUGAAUAUUGACUGCCUUAAGGACUGGAUCCACUAGGCAUUUAAAAGCUAAAGAGAAGGUGCAGGCUGCCUUACAAUGUUACACGCUUUUUUCUCAAAUUGUACCAGAGCAUGACCAUGUUUAAAAAGAAAGGGGGCGGGAGGGAAAAGUGUGCAGAAAAAAAAAAUCUGGUUUUGAGAGGCAGUAAGAGACAGAACAAUACGAUAAUCAGUUUGAGGUGUUUUUUACUUCCUCCUCUAACACGUCGCCAUUGAAGACAUGAUGCUUAUGAAAACAUUCACAGUGUAUGAGUUGAAAACUUUUCCUGUAACUGUGAAAGAGAUACUGUGGGAAAACUACAUCUAUCUAGUACAUUCCAUGUGUAUUUAUGUUCAAUAUAUAAAUGCUAACCAAAAAUAAAAGGUUACAUUAGCAAAAUCUAGGGUAUACUGUUUGCCAUGGGAAAAAAAAAUCUGAAGGGGUACACAGCACUUAAGGGAACAUGUUUUUAAGAUCCUUUUAUUUAUUGUUAUUGUAUAGCAGAUUUUUUUAAAAUGUCUUAGCCGUGAGUUUUUUCUGUGUUUCAAAUCUCAGUUUGAUAAACAAUUGCUAUUCAGGUAGGUUUCUUAUGCAUUGUCAUUUAUUCUGAAUCAAUUUAUUUGAUUUCUGAGGUUAAGUUUUGUAUUUUUAUUUUGUAAAUGAGAUUUGCUUUUCACUUUACCCUAAUUAGAGGGUUUGUUUUCUGUCAAACACUUGAGUGCAUAAUUCUGGUUUCCUUUAAGAUGUGAGAAAAGGUGGUUAGUGCUUCUUAUUAACUCUGCUGCCACAAUCUUGUUAAUAGAUUAUUUUGGCAGUAUAUGGAGACCCUGGGCAAACUGCCAGCUGGUAUAGACUCUUUUCACCUCUGUUGCAGUCCACAGAAUUGGGACAGUAUGCUCUGAGCAUCUGUCUUAGUAUUAUUCAACUGUUUACUUAAAACAUUACUAAGAGAAGAUUGGCUUUCUGUAUCACCACCACGUGAUUCAAAAUAAACCGCCAAUUGUACUUUUAUGAGCACUUCUUUACAAAUUGAAGAAUAACUGCUUUGUUAAGAAGAAAAUAUAAUCUUGAGAUAUGGAGAAGAAUGUUAUUUCCCUAACAGGCCAGGUCAUGUUAGUGUAAUACCUGUUUUUGUAGUAAUUAAUAUAUGAUUUCGUUCCUGAAAAAGACUUGAAGCAACAGGCUGCUUUAGGAUUUGACAGGCAACUAAGUAUUUAUUUUUCUUUGUUUUUCAUGAAAUACUUGUCACUUUUCCUCUUCCCCCCUCAACACUAAAAAGACUCCAUGUAGUAAAGCUAGGUUGAACUAUAAACAAGUCAGUGCUGUGAAAUUUUCAGCAAAUAGGGAAAAUAUAACAGAGAACUGUCUUCUAAAGAAUUCUGCUUUACAAUUAAGGUAUAGUUUAAACAAAAGUUUAAACAAUCCAAAACCUGUCAAAAUAGACUUUCUGGCAACACUUGGAUGCUGUCUUGCCCUUAAAACCAAAAGUAUCAUUGUCCUGAAAAAGGCAGAUUUUAGAAAUGGUAAUGUGCUUCCAUGCAUUAAACAGUACAGUCUAAUUUUGGAAUAUUAAUAAUUGAGUAAUACAACUCUAAUUACUGCUUUUCCCCUUUUUAGUAUAUUCAAAAAAGAAAACAAGACAAGCAGUUUCUUUCAAAAACAUCAACAAAUAUUAAUCCUGCAUAGAAAUUUCACAGUCUAAAAAACAAUGCUAUACAGUAAGUCUGUAUCACGUUGCACGUAAGCUUUUCACACUUUUCUUCCAGGUGGUCUAAUACAGCCUUGAAUACAGUUCUUAUUAGUAAUGCUGUAAAAUAUUUUGGAAGUUGCUGAUAGCAUAAUGCUUUGAAGAUACCAAGAAUAUCUAAUACUGUUUGCUCUUUUAAUUGGUGGCAGACCACUUACUAGUUUAAAAAAAAAAAAAAAAAAAACAGCAAGCUCAACAUUUUACAUACAUUUCACUAUUGUUACCUACAACUUACUCCAUUAUAUUAUACUUGUCAGAGGAUACUAAAUGCUGUGUUCUAUAUUCAAAACAGUGUUGUUCAAUCAAAAUUCUGUGACCCUUGAAAAUAUAAAUAUUGAAUAUAUGUAAUGCAGUGCUAUCACGAUAUUUUCAAUAAAGGAAUUUAUGCAUUCAGAAA